UGCUAUCUUGUAGCCACUGCUACAGUGCUAGCUAGCGAGCGUACGUGUUUGGGUUGAUGACAUUAACACAGAGCUAUCCACGACUACAAGGCACAACCACUACCUGUCUCCACUCAUAACAGCCACUACCCACACAAUUUUUUCAAGAAGUUGGAAAUCACAUGUAACAAACGCUCGUUGGAUGGUUAUUGUUGGUAAACUAUGGCUACGCAUGUACUCGAUGAAGAGAUGAAGAGGAUUGGGUCGGAUGAGGCUAUCACACAGCAGAAAUUCCGUCGUGGUACUGGCUGGCAGAGAUUGGCAUUAUUUGUCACUGGCAUUGCUGAGAUCAUCUUAGGAGUUAUCACCUUUGUGAUGGCAGUUAUUGUCCUGGCUGGAAACAAGUAUGAUCGCGUUGGAGAGGGCAUAGUCUCUAGUGCAUUCAUAAUCUUUGCUGGCGUUACUGCCAUUGUUGCAGCUAUCAAGAGCAGGAAAAAUAUCUGCGUGAUCGCAGCCUUAUCAUCAGUGCUGGCUUGUGGGGUUGCUAUGGGCACUGCCGUGCUGCUUGUAAACUAUAUAACUUAUGGGAACAGGAAGGGCAGAACACUCAGCUGCAGUAUCGACCCUGAUUAUGACCCGUGUCAGGGAAUACAUCAGUAUGGCGCGAUCUACAAGGGAUUGCUGUCUCUUAGCCUUGUGGAGUCGGCCAUGGGCUUCACCACACUACUGCUGGGCACUUAUCAGGCCGCACAGUUUGCUUAAAUUACGACGGAUUGGCUGAAUUGAUCAACACUGGUGAAUUGCAACCGAGUUUUCCAAGAAUUUGCAUUUUGUGGAGGCACGUUUCUCUAAAUUAACCAUGCAGUGAUGCAGUGGAGGAAUAAUCACAGCUAUGAUAAGCUAUUAUUGGCAAUUUUCUUUAUGUAAAGAUGUGUAGAAUCUCUGCCUAAGAACGUGGUAAAGUUCUGUUUAGUCAAUUUUGUGAAAACAAAUUUGUGUAAAACAUGCAUUUUUGAAAAUGCAUUUUUGACAUGUACUGCUGGAUACCGGUUUGUUUUUAUUUAGUCAUUUUAAAUGCUCUGGAUCAGUAAGUGCUUGGUAGUGAGAUGUUACUAUAACCGCCCAUACAUGUAAUUUCAUACCAUUGAAAUAUUUGUGAAAAAAAUUAAAAAGAACCUUUUCACAAUUGUAACAUAAAUAUCUGACGAUACUAAGAUAUUCACAUGAUUGGAUGAUAUCAUGAUACAGGUUUACUUCAGAUCAGUAUUAGCUAUAAUUGAGAAAGCCGGAGUCAUAAAUGUCCGGAACAUUGGUGUCAUAGCAAAGCGAGUGCCAAGUGCACUUGCGUGCUAGUAUGGUUCGGGGCCAUGUCCCCCAGAACAUUUUAGUUAAGAGCUAUAUUUAUAUAUAUGUUAUGACAUGUCCAAAUUUCAGCCUCAAAUCACACUUUUCUAACAACAACGUCAGUACCGUGGUACCACCAACCAACACUGAAUUUCACGCAGACAGUUCAGAGACAUUUUAGCACCUUACUUGAUUACUGAGCAAUAUUCUGCUAAGACUGGCAAUGACAGUAGCCUGAGGCAACGCGUGUAUGCCAAGCAAAUCAAGGACAGAAAUUUACUAUGUAUACACCCAACCCAAACAAUGAGGUCCAUGUUAUGUCUAACAGAUGACAUCACUUUGUCGCACUGUACAUCAAUAGAUGUGAGUUCACACAUGCUACUAGAGACAAUAAUCAUAUUCCCCUACCAUGCCCAACUUGUUUUUUUCUCAACCCUACCCGGUGAAAUGUAUGAAUCAACAACUAGCGAAACUAGAUGGAAAUCAGAUAUCAGGAUACAGGACUACUUCUUGCCAUUUUCCCUACUUUGCAAAGCGUGUCUACAUUUGCGAGUGUGCCCGUGCCACUACAUGUGUACGUGUGUGUGUAUGUGUAAUUACUAAUUAAGCUCAAUGGUACAAUUUGUAACCUAAAACACCAUACUAGAGAGGACAUGAAAAGGUCCCUAUCGCAUCGCUCAACUAUGAAUCACAGUGUUCCCCUGGCCAAAAAGGUCUGUGAGGUGGUAAUUUUUUGUGUGUUUUGCGCAUUUCGAGGUCCUAGCAAAGUGAGCACAGCAGGUCCUAGACCAGCUAUGGAGGUCCGGGGGCAUGCCCCCAGAAAUUUAGCAGACGUGCAUCGCAUGCAUCUUCAAAAUAAGCACAUACGUUAUUGUUGUUAUGCUUUAGUUUUGAACUUUAGACUGCUGACUCCCUCAUUUUUCUGCGGACUACCGCUUUUUGAGGGCAGGUGGUCCGUUGGACUCCCUUGUUCAAAUGUUAAUUUCUACCCCUGUAUUAUAUAUUUUGACCAUAGUUUUGUAAAUUAAGAGACCUUGUUAUAUUCUUUAUGGUAUUAAAAAUGACACAACCAAAGGCAAUUGUGAUGGAAAAUUGUGCAUAUCACAAUUUAUUCACUGAAGCCAUUGGCAGUAAAAUUGUCUGUCUAGUACCAAAAUAGGAUGCUGACAAGUCUAGAUGGCCUGCUACCUAAUACUCUGCUCUAGGUAAUCAUUAAUUCUGUGUUAUUAUAGCAUUACUAUCAUUCAUUUAUUUUAUAUGUGCACCUCGAAAGAAUUGCUCCCAAUCGUGAUCUAACCCCCGAGCCAUUUGAUUAAGAUUUGUUACAUUGUGAAUGCAGACUAUUUCUCUUGAAAUGGUACACAGCUAACUUUUAAGCUGGUGUGAGUCAUCAAAACCUAUUUUUCUCAAUUUUUAUACAGGGAAAUCUAAAUGUAUUGCCUAUUUAUUUGGAGCAUUUGAGGUUAGUUUUUCCAAUGAUUCGUACAUGCUUGUAUUUAAUUUGUAUUAAGAUGCAGCAUUCGUUGUACAUUGUGUAGAACCGGUAAUAAAUGUAAACGUAACUUUAGUUGUCGUGUAUUAAAAAAUUAGAAUUAGGUUCUUUUGAAUAACAUUGACAAUUGUAUGCUAACUGGGUUUAGUAUCUAUUAUGAAUGUUUUGUAGUAGUGUUUUUAUGAUGGGCAAAUUCUGUAUUGAGUGAUUUAGUUGACACACUUGUGAACUGUAAACUAAUUGGAAUAAAACUAGUUUUACGGAAAUAAAACUAUAA